CCCGUGACGUCAGCCCGGCGCGGGUCCGGCCGCUCCGCUCCGCCGCAUUGUGCGGGCGCGGACCAUGGCUGCGCGCGGGCUCCUGCUGCUGCUGCUGCCGCUGCUGCGCGGGUAUGCUAGCAAGGUGGAGGUGUCCAUGCCCAGUGUGGUGGAGGUGGACCUGGGCCACACGGCCAUGCUCCCCUGCAGUUUCUUCAUCCUCCCAGACAGCAACAUCACCUACAUCCACUGGUCUUAUAUCACCCGCAGCAGCCGCAUCAGGAUCUACUCCUGGGUGCAAGGCAAGGAGUUCGUGGAGGACUCGCCCUACGUGGGCCGUGUGAGCAUGGAUGACACCUUCACCCUGGCCAUCACCCAAACCACGCUGCAGGAUGCCCGUGUCUUUGUGUGCCAGGUCGGGGCAGGCAGCCUGGGCGUGGGCGAGAACCGCACCGAGCUCCGUGUCUACAAGGCCCCGGAGCCUCCUGAAAUCCAUGCGAAUGAAGCCGGUAUCUCUGUGGGCACUAGAGAGAGCCAAGAGAUCGCCGAGUGCGUCGUCCGCAACAGCUUCCCGGGGCCCAAUAUCACGUGGCUGAAGGAUGGGCACCGCCUGCACCCGGAGGACGACAAGGUGAAAAUCAUGGACACGCGGACGCAGGAGGCCAGUGGGCUCUUUACCGCCAGAAGCCGGCUCCUUGCCCACGUCACCCGCCAGGACCGCCAUGCCUACUUCCAGUGCCAGGCCCACUACCUCCUCUCGGGGGGGGACCGCCAGGCUCAGUCGCCCAAGGUCCAAGUCCACAUCUUUUACCCCACGGAGAACGUGAGCCUGGUCAUCGACGCCCCGCGCCCGCAGGUGAAGGAGGGCGACCACGUCACGCUGCACUGCCAGGGUGACGGGAACCCACCACCCGAAUACUCCUUCUUCCGAGUGCAGAACAACACAGCGACAGGGGAGGAGGAGGAGCAUGAGCUGUUGGGCAAGGUAGACAAAGGUGUGCUGAGCCUGGGCAAGGUGCACAAGGAGUACACUGGUCACUACCGCUGCAAGGGCCUGGACCUGGACACCAUGGAGACCUUGACGGCCGACGCCGAGCUUGUCGUGAACUAUAUCGAGGGGCUGAAGGUGACAAAGGAGUCACCUGAGCCAGUGUUGGAGGGGCACAAUCUCACCCUGACCUGUGAGGCGCGAGGCUCCCGGCCUCUGGCCUUCCACUGGCACAAAGACAAGAAGGGGAAAGCGCUGGGCUCCGGGCCGCAGCUGCAGCUCAGCAACGUCAUGCGGGAGGCUGCGGGCAACUACAUCUGCGAGGUCACCAUGCCCGGCGUGCAGGGGCUGUCCCGCAACAAGCAGGCGCUCGUCGUGGUUUACGGAAAGCCGCAGGUGAGCGUGGAGGAGCCAGGGGUGCCCGUGCAGGAGAAUGAGCUGGUGACCCUGACAUGCAUAGCCUUGGCGCAGCCUGAGCCCUCCAUCACCUGGAGCGCCAACGGGACGGUCCAAAACCGCACGGAGAACUACAGCGUGGUCAGCAACCUGACGGUGCAGGUCACCAGCAAACUGAUGCGCUCGGGCAUCAACUGCACGGCCACCAACUACCUGGGCGUGGUCACACACCACAUCCACCUGGAGCGCAGGAUGACGCCAACGACACCAACAACGACAGCGCCCGCAGGCAACACGACCAUGGAGACCAUCAAGAAAGAGCAGAAGCCCCGGGAGAGCAAGGGCGUGAUCAUCGUGGCCGUCAUCGUGUGCAUCCUGGUGCUGGCCGUGCUGGGCGCCGUCCUCUACUUCCUGCACAAGAAGGGCAAGAUCCCGUGCGGCCGCACCGGGAAGCAGGACAUCACCAAGCCUGAUGCCCGUAAAGACGAGGUUGUAGUUGAAGUUAAGUCAGAUAAGCUUCCUGAAGAGGCGGGGCUGCUGCAGGCCACCAACGGCGACCAGAAACCUGCUGGGGACCAGGGCGAGAAAUACAUCGAUCUGAGACACUAGUGAGGCAGCUGCAGAGUGCUUUCCCCUCCAGACUUUCCCCGCUCCUGGAUCGCCGCCUCCCACCCCUGCUCCAGCCCCCCGGGAGCGUGGCCAGAGCCCGAUGCAUCCCAGCGCCCAGACUGCCCCGCAGGGACGAGCCCUCACUGCUCCGGCCAAGGAUUUGACCGAUGGCAGAAGAGCCGCAGCGCACCUGGACUUGCUCACCCCUCCGGGGGCCAAAGAUGGCCCCGCUGGCCUGAGGAGGGAGCACCUAAUGCCCAGCACAGUUGUGGGGAAGGAGCAGAUGCCUUUCACCCACCGCUUGCAGUAGGUGAGCCCCCCUCACCCCUUCAGGCAGGCUCAGAGCGGAGGGCUGCUUCGCCAAUCGAAGCCCCUCAAAGAGACGAACAACCCCCUCGAUGAGCAGGCUCAGGUCAGUCCCUGGCGCUCGGACGCGGGGCGGAUCCCAGCUGGGGCCAUCAUGCCCGAAUCGCGAGUUCCCGCAGCGCUCCCUCCGACUGCUCUCGUCCCGUCAGGCUCAGACUCGGCAGCUCCUGCCGGUGAAACGCAGGGGUGGUUUCCCCGUCCCCGCCUCCCCCAGCGAUCCCCUUGAAAACGGAGCUGAAAGGACACGGGCGGGAGCUCUGGGCCAUUCCAUGCACGGAGGCUUCAGGAGAGGUUGGGUAUAACGAUGCUUUAGCACAAGGCAACGGCUGCUGGUCCCACUGCAGCACUGCUGGGCUGAGAGGCUGGCCCGUCUCCCUGCAGACUUGGGGGUGCGCGGUGGCUGGCAGAGACAGCUGGGUCUGAAAUCAAGGAGGUGCGUGGUUCCUUGAAGUCCCUUAGUGCUUCUUACAGGGCUCCAAGGGGCUUUUUUUUUUAACAUCCAUCCCUGGGUUGAGCUCUCCAUCACAGGCCCGCUUUCUGGCCAGGCAGAUGGGGGCCCACACAUGGCUAAGAAGGGAAACUGGCCGACCCGAGCUCCUUCCCGAAACCCUGAACUGGUGCUACAUAACCCUGGUACCAAAUAGAGUGAACCCGCCGCCUUAACAUAUACCGCCGUGGCUUCAGGUGCCCAGCAGCUCCCCGGGAGAGCGCGCCAGGGCCAGACCCCUCCUCCCCUGCCCAUCCUAAGGGGUGAGCCCCUCACUUUCCCAUCCCAGCCCUAGAGCAGUGAACCGAGUUGUAGGACUCCUCGAAGCACACCCCUGUCUGCUGCUCCCCGGCAGUGCCUUCCCCAGCCUCCACCACUUCAGCAAACAGCCUUACCGUAACACUGGGCAAGCGUGCACUGCUCCUGUCCUAAGCACCUGCUCCCCUCCGUGGCUAGCGGGACCCUCCACCGGCGCAGAGCCAACCAGCCCCUGCCCGAAAGGGCGCACUGUACUCACGAGCUAGCCCAGUCCGGGACGCAGCAGCAGCAGCUUUGGUUUAUAUAUAUAUUUUUGUUGGGUCAUGUGUAAAUUUAAGAGUUUGUUUGAUAUUUGCAGGGGGUUUUUUUUUAUAUCUGUGAAAAUAAAAAGCCUAACGACUUCCA